AUGGCUGAGCCUCCAGAACCAGUGCACUUCCAGGGGGACCAAGCAUCAGCAGAAGCAGCGGCACUCGGCUCUGAGCCGGGUGAGUCCACAGAGGUGGAGUGUCCCAUCUGCUACCACGAGUAUAACCAGUGUGGCAAGUGUCCUCGCAUGCUGGAAUGCCUCCACGUCUUCUGCACCGAGUGCCUCCAGAGAAUCCAGCUGUUCCCGUAUCCAGCUGAACCCGCGGAUCCCCAGAGCCCUCGCAGCACUGCCAUUUUCUGCCCCCUCUGCCGCCACCCCACCCUGCUGGAGACCGGCGACCCCCUCACCCUGCCCUGCAACUCCCGCAUUCUGGCUCAACUGCCCCCCAUGGCUUUCUGCACACCCGUGUCGAUGGCUGCCCACUUGGCCACCGUCACCCAGAGGGUGGUCCUCUCCCUGGAUACCAGCAGGGACGCCCGCUUCAUCAUCCUGCCCACAGUGAGCCUAAGGGUGGAGCAGAUGCACCCAAGCGAUAGGCCCCAUGGUGGAGGUGUGGGCCUGGUGGGUGAGGUGGAGGUGCUGCAGCACCACAGGAGGACCCUGGCCGUGGUGUUCUGGGUGUUGUUUGUGAUGACCUGCGUGGUGGGACUGGUGUUUGGGCCCAGGUUUUUCCGCAACUAAGGGGAGAAGGAACCGAGGGGCCUGUUCCAAUACUUUUACAUGCAGCCUUCCUUCCUUUUGUCUUUCCUUGUUUCCUUCCCCCUUGCUCAAGGAAGGAAGGAAGGAAGGGUGUAUUGUCAAAAUAUUUGAAUAUGGCCUAAGAUCUAGACUGAACUACGUGCCUACAUCCAACGUAGCCUUGAAACGUCCUGUUAGCUUCAAUUCAACUGUAAAUGACAUAUCUUUAAAAUAUAUAAAAGGUUGAUGCAUACAGUCUCAUAAUCACAUGUCUAGUUCCGAUUGUUGAGAAAAUUAUAUAUAGACAGUUCUGAGUUGUUUGGCUAUGCACUGAUUUAGAGUUCCCUCUAGUGGUCUAAUCUAGGAGCACCUAUUACAUUGGGGCGCCAGGUAGCCUAGUGGUUAGAGUGUUGGGCCAGUCAACAGCU